GCAGUGAACUGUGCCGACAUCGCCCAUCUUUGCACCUCCGUGACAGGCCACCUCCUCCCCAAGUCCCAAGAGAUCGAAGCAAGCGAAGUUGCUCGACGAAUCAACGGCCAUGGCGAGAGUGGAGGCCGUGGUGGUCUGCCUCCUGAUCAUUGCCAUGGACGUCGUCGCCGGCGUCCUCGGCAUCCACGCGGAGAAAGCCCAGCACCAGGGGAGGCGGCUGAGGAUACUGUUCAUCGAGUGCAGGCAGCCGGUCCGGCGCGCCUACGAGCUCGGCGUCGCGGCGGCCGCCGUUCUGGCGGCGUCGCACGCCAUCGCCAACGUCGUCGGCGGGUGCUCCUGCGCGUGCUCCCGCGACCGCCGCGCCACGCCCAACCGGCAGAUGGCGUCCUUCGCCCUCGUCAUCUCGUGGAUCGUGCUGGUGGUGGGGUUGGCGCUGCUGAUCCUGGGGGCGCUGCCGAACGCCGAGAGGAAGGCGGCCAAGUGCAGCCUCCCGCGCCACCACUUCCUCUCCAUCGGCGGCAUCCUCUGCUUCGUCCACGGCCUCUUCUGCCUCGUCUACUACGCCUCCGCCAACGCCGCCAAGCGGGAGGAGGGCGGCCGCCACCCUUGAUCGAUUCGUUGCUUCUCAUCCAUUUCUCCUGCAGAAAUGGGAUGAAGACGAAUGUAGGUGGUGUGAUUUUUGCUUGAUGUGCGUGAGGUGAUGGGAACGAUUAGAUGCUAAUUAUUAGUGAUUAGAGCAUGUAAAAUUAUAUCAAUGUGCAUGUAAUGUACUGGUAAGCUAGCGUCAGUGUGCUUGCAGUGGAAGGAAAAUCUUGUAGGAAAUGCAGAGGUUGGUUUCAGUACUAUCAGGGUUACUUAAAGGUUUGCGUCGACAAAAUCAAAAGGCAAUAAUGUGAGCGGUAAGAUUGUUCACCUUUCUCAUUCAGGAUGAUGGAUCGCUUCCGGUCGACACAGUUUGAUGCGUCGUGCAAAAAAGCCGUCGGUUUGUCUUUGGGGAGGAUGAAUUAUAUCAUUGUCUUUAGUGUGGGUGUUC